UUAUGACUCUUACACAAUCAACACUGGCUGCAGAUAGCAUAUCUGUAUUUACUCCUGGGAGGGUCAUUGCAAGGUGAUUAGGUUGGCCUUAUUUGAGAUUUGAUUCAGGAUGGCAGUGAGGCAUUAUCAUCAUAAUCUGAGAGAGGAAAACAUUGGUCCCAGUGGAGUAUCCUGAGGUGGGUAAUGUAGGAGUUGAUGCUCUACUAUGGGGAUGAAGAGACAGCGAUCCUGGGGGAACAGGGAGCUCCAGGGAAGCAACACAGAGGACAGCACAGACAACAGUGAGCAGGAUGAGUCGUCCUCGCUGAGGUCAUCCUGGUCCCUGGCGGACACCAUGAACUACGUGGGCCAGCUGGCAGGUCAGGUUCUGGUGACUGUCAAAGAACUGUAUAAGGGCAUUAACCAGGCCACGUUGUCGGGCUGCAUCGAUGUUGUGGUUGUCCGCCAGAGAGAUGGCACCUACCAGUGUUCGCCGUUCCAUGUUCGCUUUGGCAAGCUGGGCGUACUGCGCUCCAAAGAGAAAGUGAUCGACAUUGAAGUGAAUGGAGAGCCCGUUGACUUGCAUAUGAAGCUUGGUGACAAUGGAGAGGCCUUUUUUGUCCAGGAAGCUGAACAGCAGAAUCAGAUUGUCCCUGCCCACCUGGCCACCUCCCCAAUCCCCACCGAGAGUCACCUGUUCUGGAUCUCAGAGGUGGAGCAUAGGGCACCAAAAGAUCUGGAAGAUGACCCUGCUGACCCGGAGGACACUCCAGAUCCUCCUGCUCCGAGCACUGUGGCCACAAAAAAGAAGAAAAGACGGAGGAAGAAGCACAAAGGAGACCCCCGUAGAGAAGAACUGACCCCACCGUCAGUCACUACUGGUAAUGCUGUUGCUGCUAACACACUCGCUGCUACAACUGCUACUAUGCCCAGCAGUGGGCAAAAUGAGGAGAUCUUUGAAAUGGACCUGAGCUCUGAUGAGGAAGCUGCAGUACAUGUAUCAAGGUCACCUUCAGUGACUACAGUGCGUGACAUUGACCCCAAAUUACCUGCAGCCAGACAUAACCUUGAUGGUUAUCCAAUGUCUGAUGGAGACUGGCCAGCUGGUGAUGGACAUGGCUUGUCUCAGGCCUUUUCCCCAAAGAGUGACUCAGAACUGGUGAUGAGGCCUUCAGAGAGUUUGCUUAGAGCUGAGUCUCACAUGCAGUGGACAUGGGGAGAAUUUCCAGAAACCACCAGAGUCACCAAGAAAGAGAAAUCAGAACCACUGAAAACAGUGACCAUCACCCCAUCUGAGAGCACCCAUUUCCGCGUCAUCCUCAGCUCUGAGGCCAUGGAGAAUGAAACAGAGGUUGAAAAAGAAGAUGCUGCCCGCUCUUCAGUGUGUAACAUUGUCAAGCCCGAGCCACGGACACCUGUCACCGCUGUAACAACUGUGAGUCCGAUAUCAUCCGUCAGCACCAUAUCUUCUGUUAGCCCUGAAACCCCUACAGAACCCUUUGAUGUCCUCCUAUCAACCUCCACCACUUGCAGUAGCCCACAGACAGAUUCACCCUCAAAGAAGAAAGGUGUUCCCAAGAGGAGCCAGCAUCAGGGUCCUGAGGAUAUCUACUUAGAUGACCUGAAUGUACUUGAACCUGAUGUUGCUGCACGAUAUUUUCCUAAGAGUGAGACUGAGGCAGCUGCUAAGCACUGGAUUGACUCAGAGAUGCGCUCUGGUUCACAGUCUCCACAGUCGGUGGGUAGUGCAGCAGCUGACAGCGGGACAGAGUGUCUCUCUGACUCAACCAGUGACCUCCCUGAUGUUACCCUUUCUCUGUGUGGAGGCCUGACAGAAAAUGCUGAAAUAUCCAAAGAAAGGUUUAUGGAGCAUAUCAUUACCUAUCACGAAUUUGCUGAAAAUCCGGCAAUUAUAGACAACCCCAACCUGGUAGUAAGGAUAGGAAAUAGAUAUUAUAACUGGACACUAGCUGCACCCUUGAUUCUAAGCCUUCAAGCAUUUCAGAAGAAUUUACCAAAGGCUACAGAGGAGGCGUGGGUGAAGGAGAAAAUGCCAAAGAAGUCAGGCCGCUGGUGGUUCUGGCGAAAGAGGGCGGAUAGUACAAUCAAGCAGUCGGAGACUAAGCUUGAAACAAAGGAGGAGCCUCAUUUGGAAGGGGAAGGGCCCUCCACAUCUCAGGAGAAGCUGGCCUUAACGCCUAAAGCAAGAGAUUCAUCCAGUGAUGAGGAGUCCAAGGAGGUGAGCGCAGCAUCCUGUCAAGAGAGGCUGCAGCCAGUAGAUGGUCAGCACCACCCCAGCCCACACACUUACAGAAAGUCACUACGACUUUCCUCUGAUCAGAUUGCCAGUCUGAAACUGAAGGAGGGGCCAAAUGAUGUGACAUUUAGCAUCACCACCCAAUACCAGGGCACGUGCCGCUGCGAGGGCACAAUCUACCUGUGGAACUGGAAUGACAAAGUCAUUAUCUCUGACAUUGAUGGCACCAUCACAAAGUCAGAUGUAUUUGGACAGAUACUUCCACAGUUGGGGAAGGAUUGGACUCACCAGGGGAUUGCCAAGCUCUACCACUCUGUAGCUGAAAAUGGCUACAAGUUCUUGUACUGCUCGGCCCGGGCUAUUGGCAUGGCGGACAUGACAAGAGGUUACUUGCAGUGGGUCAAUGAUGGAGGCACCAUCCUGCCCCGAGGACCUCUCAUGCUCUCUCCCAGCAGCCUCUUCUCUGCUUUUCACAGAGAGGUCAUUGAGAAGAAACCAGAGAUCUUCAAGAUUGAAUGCCUUACUGACAUCAAGAACCUGUUCCAGCAUAACAAGCAGCCAUUCUACGCCGCCUUUGGGAAUAGAGCUAAUGAUGUGUUUGCCUAUAAGGAAGUUGGUGUGCCAGUGUGUAGAAUUUUCACAGUUAACCCAAAGGGAGAGCUGAUCCAGGAGCAGACCAAGGGCAACAAGUCCUCUUAUGGCAGACUUAGUGAGCUGGUGGAGCAUGUGUUCCCUUUGCUGAGCAAAGAGCAGAACGAGGCCUUUGUAAUGCCGGAGUACAGCUCUUUCUGUUACUGGAGACAGCCGAUACCAGAAAUCAAUCCAGAUGAACUGCUCUGAGCCGGCACAUAUGGAUACCCAGCUAUACAGUUACAUUCAAAUGAACUGUGCUCCUGAAUGCAUCUCCUAAACACAUGUGAACUGAAACCAAAAUUGUUUCUACUUAUUAGACACACACACACAACACACUGACACAGCAACAGGGUUAUGACCGUGAGCUCAAAAAAAGCUGGUAAACUGUAUUUACUUUAGAGAUGAGUGGAGAUUAUUAUCAGAACAGUAAAUGAAUAAUACCUUUUAGAGUUCAUCCUAGGAGAUGCUCCACUAAUGCCUGCUUGUGAAGACAUCCUGAACACCCCCACUUUCUAGUCCCUGUCACUGUACAGAGUUAGCAAUUGAAGACCCAUCUUGUCUCUCUGUAAAUCUGUAACUUGUAGAAAAAAAUGGUUUGUAUAAGCCAUGAAUGAAGCAGGCAGAAGCCCCACAUGAGGAGCUAGAUUCUGAGCUGAGCAGAAGUAAUUCAAGAAACGCCCUGAAGAAGUGAAACGUAAUGUUUUAAAUGAAAAAGGCACACAUUUAAUUAAAACAGGACAGGCAAUUAACACUGGGCAGUUGUUAUGCACCAGUCAUAUUUUACUGUAGGUGCUGUGUUUGCCCAGAAGCAAGUACCCGGCCUUUAAUUGGAGGCUUUAUUCUGUUCUAAAAAAAAAAAAAAAAAAGUAGGCAUAGAGGUUGGCAAAUAACAGAUAACACAAACUAUGAACCAUGCACAGCUUUUAGUCUCCAGGAAAGCUCCAGUAAGUGUUCAGUUUUCCUCAUGUUGCUUAUUCUUCAGCCUGACUGUGCAACAGAGUUCACACGGCCGCUACACAGUGAGCCAUGUUUGGUACUGUUAAUAUCCAAGGUCAUACUUGGGAUAUGCUUUUACCAAGUAUGUGAAGAUGCACAGUUCGUUGUGACUUAAAAAAAAAAAAAAAUGAAGCAGCUUCAUGGUAUACUGUCUUGCUGUCGUUUUAAUAUGUUCGUUCUGUUAUGCAAGCUCUGGCAAAUUAAGUGUGUUUUGUUAACAAUGCAGUCAUUAUUUAUGAUGAUCAGUGUAUUUAAGUUAUGGAUUUCUGUUGUGAGGCCUUUGCUCGUCUGAAAAAUGAAUUUAUAACAAUGCAAUAUUUCAAAUUAGUAUUUUGUAUGGUGGGUCACAGAGUAACGUGCACUUAACAGUAACUGCUAGGCCUUGUACAAGCUUUCUUUGUCUCCAGCAACAACCUGUAUUUCUUUUAUUAACAGUGAAUUUUUCGACAUGUGAGGCACGUAGACAUUCCUGUGCAAACCUCAGAAUCUGCAGCUUUAUUAUUAGCAGAUGUGUGUAAAUGUGAGAGAGAAUGCUUUUGAGAUGGAACAGUGGAUAUAAGCAGAUCUGAAAAGAGCUUAAAAUGAAGGAUUUUGCUUUGUGAGGUCCUCUGUAGGAUGACUGUGGGAUGAUGAAAGUGUGUGUACCUAAUCACUGAGUGCUGCUGCUGCUGUUGGGGUGGCACCAUCCUGCACACUUUGCUUAGGUUCCCUCGGUGGCUUUAUCCAGCGCACUUUGUCAAAGUUGCACCCAGAGACUCAAGACUUACAACUCAGCACACCUCCCACCCACAUUAACUUCACUGAUGGUCUAAGUAGACAGUAGACCAGAGUAUGCAAUUACUGCAGCAAGAAGAGUUCUAGUUUUACCUCUGACAAUUCAGUUAAUCUGAAAAAUAUGUCAAUAUGAGUGACCUUUGAAAGGUGGUAGUUUUUGUUUUGUUUGCUUUUAAGGCAGAAGGGAUGAAGAAGAAAAUCAUGGUAAUUUGGGGUAAAAGACAGCAAGGUAGCAUCACAGCCACCCCUUGGCCUCGAUGUGAGAGACAGAAAAGCCUGAUCCUGUGCCUCUGGUGACUAGAGGAAGAUAAACUGUUUCUGGAGAUAAACAGGAAAUACUUGACUGUACAGGAAGCAUUUAGGGCACUUCCCUGGCAUUAUCUGUGUAUGAUUUUUCUUUUUUUUAGGAAAGGAGUUUUUGGUCAGAUGGAUCAUACCUCCAACACAAGUGUAACUGACUCUAUAUGCCAGUGUGGACUAAAAGAGCAGGAGCAGCCAAGAUCAUUUAUUAAAAAUAAGCACAAUUUAUGGUGACAGCUACGUGCUCUGCUGUUUUUGUGAUGAAUACAAUGUGUGUCGCUUUGAUUGUUUUGCUUGUUCUCUGCAAAGUGGUGAAGUCAAAUAGAUCUAUCUUAUAAUUAACAAGAAAUUCCAUUCUUUCUAUGAAAGUAAAGCAUCUUGUGUGAAAGAUUCACACUUCAUCCUCUCUGAUCCUGGAAUUGCGUGGUAUAUAAACGAACUGGUAUAGAUAUAUGCUGAUCAUUGCAUUCUUCUUUGAUGCCUUUUUGUUUUUCUUAUAACAUGUAUGAGCUAUUGUGUGAACUUAAGUUUUGUUUUGUUUGGAUGUAAUGCUUGGUAUUUGUGUCUGACCAGCAGAAAUGCAUUAAAUGUAUGCUGUGUUUGAUUUGUAUAGUAAUGUGGUUUGAAGAACAAAAUCGGUUGAAAGGGGGGGAAAAAAUCAGGCCUAAUGAAGCUAACAAAAUGUGGCUUAUGGUCAUGUUUAUAUUAAAUAAAAUUUCUAACUGAAUAAG